UUUUUACGACUUAAAAUUGCUACUUCAAUUAUUGCAACCAGCAGGAAUAAUUAACCUCCAAAACAGUUAUAAGAACAAAAAUUUUCUACCUCAUUUGCCUGGUCGAUUUUUGACUCUCAAUAAUGGGUGUGCUCUGGAUUUUCCCGCUCAUAAAAUUUCCCCCCUAAGAGCCAAAAAGUCUUUAAUAAGUUUGGAGGAAAUAUUGGUCGAGCAAAGAAGCAAUUUGGGACAAACCGGAUUAUUGAUUAUUCUCCUGACCGCUGACUGGGAAGAUGAGCAAUUACAAUUAAAAGAAGUAAGGGUUGAACCUGUGGCUAUCAGUUCGGUGUUAAAUAUUCCCAAAUUUGUAAACAAAAUAAACGGUUGA